AUGAAUGAAGAACUUACCAAAGAGACUUUGAUUGUUCAACAUUAAGAUCAACAUCUAACUUAUACUUAAAUAUUAAAGGCAUUAUAACCAUUAAAUCAUAAGACAUUCAGAUUCAAUAUUCCUGAAAUCUCAAUUUUCAAUUAAGGUGAAGUAGAAUUGUUCAUUUCACAAAGAAGAACAAAUCUUAAUGGUCAAUAUAAAUAACUUAGAAAUUUGCCUAUCUAUAGACUUAAAGUAUUGAUGCCUAAAAAUGGAUGUAUAUGUAAGUAUGUCGAUUAAAAUCUUCAAAUGAUGACAGAUUUUGAAUUAAAUAUAUUACUUAAUAAAAGAAGAAAUGAACCUAUUUGGAAAGACAUACUUUAUUUAUAGUCUUAAUAUUUAAUGGAUUAAAGGGUUCUUUAUAUUGCAGAAUAAGAUGAUUCUACAACUUUAUAUAAAAGAGCUUAUAAUGAAGUUGGAAUCUUAACUAAAGAUAUUGUUAUUGCUUCAUCUUAAUAUAUUACAGAUGAAGAAGAAGAUCAUUAUGAAAGAAGUCUAAAUUAAGAGUAAUUGUCAUAAUAUUACACUUAUAAAAUUAUACACUUUCUUUAAAAAGUCAGAAAUAUUAAAAUUACACAUGGAAUCUUUAAAUGGAGUAUAGAAAAAUCACGUCAUUAUUAUUUUAUUGACUCAUAAAAUGUUAGUUUUAAAAAUAUUCUGGUUCAAGAUUAAAAAUUAAAUUCUAAAUAAUUAAAUCCACUCCAAUUAAUUGAUACUAUCAAUGAUGAAGUAGUUAAGCAAUAUACAACCAUUUUAAAAAGUGAAUAUGAAAAAAAAAAAAUGGAGUUUGGUUUCAACGAAAAAUAAUUUAAUAUCACUAAAGAUAAAGAAACUGAAAAUGUAUUUAAAGAGAUACAUAAAGGUUCAAAUAUUUAGUAUAAUUAAUUAUUUAGAGAUAUUGAUUCCUUUACUAAAUAUGAGGGUAUUCAAAUAUUAUUAUUGAAUAGGAAUAUUAUUAAGAUAAAUUAAAUAAAAACAUACAAUAAAAUUGGUUCGACCAAGAUAAAGAGUGUUGACUAUUUAAAAUUGCUAAUCUCCACAUAAAACAUUACCAGUCAGAUCAUUUACAUAAUAAAAAUAGAGAACCCCUACUUAUAAGCAUUAUAAAUCAAAUUUAAAAUACAAUACUUUGCCAUAUCUAUUAUAAUGCUGA